ACAUCAUGUCUUUGUGCCGUGUUAAAUUACCUCUCUACAGGUCAUCUUUCAGGACACACCAGGGCUAAACAAGUCCUGAAAUUGUCUAUCACUAGAAACACAGACGAUUAGAUCUUCAUGCAUUUCUCAUUACCUUCCAGUUUUGAACAGGUCCCCCCGAUUCUGGUAUCUUUAACAUGAUAAAUGUCUGAUGAGCCGACAAGCAGCACUGGAUUUUGUUGACUCACAACGAACACUAUGUGGAAGCUUCUCUGUUUAAUGCAUUCAAAGUUACCUUGAAGAGGACAAGCCAUUGAAGCUUUUGAAAGGAAUGGCCAUAUCUAAGAAUGGCUUGACCAUCUUUGCCCUUCUAGUGUCACUUGUUAUUUUGGAAACAGGGAACUUCAUUGAAUCCCCAUGUCUGGUAUCACCGGACCAAGAUGAAGAACACUUUCUACCUCACACCAGACACAGAAGAAGUGUGCUUACGGACCAGUGGGAUUACGUUAUUGACGUGGUAGUGAAUGCCUCUAAUGCAGAAACAUUUGAGCAGCUUCAGUCUUCGUUGAAUGCUACUGGUUUCCCCAUACAACUUGAUAACAACACAAAGAUCUCUGACAUCAACAUCACAACAGUGUGUUCCUCUACCAACACUGGUUUCCAGUGUCGAUGUGGGGAAGAGUUUGCUUGGCCAUACAGCACCUGUGUCACAUAUGGGGUGUGUGAUUACAUAACCAGUGGCAUCUGUAAAUGCAUCAAUGCCAUUCCAGCUGACGGCCAGUUCUGUCAGCCAGUAUCAGUGCUGUUAGAUCAGGUUGAGUAUGAAGUGGAAGUGGAGCUGAAUGUCACAGAUGUUGGGACAGUGGACUACCUCAGGAGCCUGCUGAACAAUGGCAGCUUCUCCCUGGCUCUGGGUCCCACUGUGAAUGUCACAAACAUUGAAAUCACCACAGUGUGUUACCCAAAUGGCACCAGCUUCCAGUGCAGAUGUGAGGAUCAGUAUGUUUGGUCCUAUACAAACUGUGUCACAUAUGGAGCCUGUGAUAACAUCACUGAUGGCACCUGCAGCUGUAUCAACAGUAUUCCAGCCAAUGGCCAAUACUGCCAGCCGAAGACAGAAGUCGUCCCGCUGUAUGAAUACAUACUUGAAGCGCAGAUCAGCGUCAGUGACUUUGCAGCGUUGGAACAACUGAGUGACUCUUUGGAGAGCAUCAGUUUUCCUGUUAGACUCAACAACACAAUCAACAUCACCGGAAUUGACAUAAUAUUUACUGUGCCCCCAAUCAUUUAUGAAUACCAGAUUUUUGUUGAGGUGAACACUACAGAUGCAGAUCAGCUGAGAAACACUCUGAAAAAUACAACGUUUCCAGUUCAAAUCAGCACUAAAAUAAACAUCUCAGCUACUGAUAUAACUACAGUUUGCAGCCAAAAUGGAACUGGUUUCCUGUGCCGCUGUGAGGAUGACUACCUUUGGCCUUGUGACAAAUGUGAUACCUAUGGAAAAUGUGAUGGUGAUACAGACAACACAUGCAGCUGCAUCAAAGCUAUUCCCACAGAUGGACAAUACUGUCAGUCAAUACAGCAUCAAAAUCUGACAGUGUGUCCUCCGACAACAACUCCACCAUCAACAGCUCCUCCAGUUGUUUAUCAGUACCUCAUUUCUAUUGAGCUGAACAUCUCAGAUGUUACAGUAAUAAAUGGACUGAGGAGCAUUCUGAGCAACAUCAGUUACCCCAUCAGCAUCAACAACCAAAUCCAGAUCUCUGAUGUCAACAUUUCUACAGUUUGCUCUCCAAGCAGUGGAGGUUACCAGUGCAGAUGUGAGGAUGAGUAUCGUUGGUCAUGUGACCAGUGUUUAAUGUAUGGACCCUGUGACAACAUCACUGAUGACACAUGUGGAUGCAUCAAUGCUCUUCCUCCUGAUGGACAAUAUUGCCAACCUGCUGAUCAAUACAACUUUACAGCUUGUCCUCUCACAACAACAACAACAAAAACUCCACCAUCAACAACUCCUCCAGUUGUUUAUCAGUACCUCAUUUCUAUUGAGCUGAACAUCUCAGAUGUUACAGUAUUAAAUGGACUGAGGAGCAUUCUGAGCAACAUCAGUUACCCCAUCAGCAUCAACAACCAAAUCCAGAUCUCUGAUGUCAACAUUUCUACAGUUUGCUCUCCAAGCAGUGGAGGUUACCAGUGCAGAUGUGAGGAUGUGUAUCGUUGGUCAUGUGACCAGUGUUUAACGUAUGGACCCUGUGACAACAUCACUGAUGACACAUGUGGAUGCAUCAAUGCUCUUCCUCCUGAUGGACAAUAUUGCCAACCUGCUGAUCAAUACAACUUUACAGCUUGUCCUCUCACAACAACACCAACAACUCCACCAUCAACAACUCCUCCAGUUGUUUAUCAGUACCUCAUUUCUAUUGAGCUGAACAUCUCAGAUGUUACAGUAUUAAAUGGACUGAGGAGCAUUCUGAGCAACAUCAGUUACCCCAUCAGCAUCAACAACCAAAUCCAGAUCUCUGAUGUCAACAUUUCUACAGUUUGCUCUCCAAGCAGUGGAGGUUACCAGUGCAGAUGUGAGGAUGUGUAUCGUUGGUCAUGUGACCAGUGUUUAACGUAUGGACCCUGUGACAACAUCACUGAUGACACAUGUGGAUGCAUCAAUGCUCUUCCUCCUGAUGGACAAUAUUGCCAACCUGCUGAUCAAUACAACUUUACAGCUUGUCCUCUCACAACAACACCAACAACUCCACCAUCAACAACUCCUCCAGUUGUUUAUCAGUACCUCAUUUCUAUUGAGCUGAACAUCUCAGACGUUACAGUAUUAAAUGGACUGAGGAGCAUUCUGAGCAACAUCAGUUACCCCAUCAGCAUCAACAACCAAAUCCAGAUCUCUGAUGUCAACAUUUCUACAGUUUGCUCUCCAAGCAGUGGAGGUUACCAGUGCAGAUGUGAGGAUGUGUAUCGUUGGUCAUGUGACCAGUGUUUAAUGUAUGGACCCUGUGACAACAUCACUGAUGACACAUGUGGAUGCAUCAAUGCUCUUCCUCCUGAUGGACAAUAUUGCCAACCUGCUGAUCAAUACAACUUUACAGCUUGUCCUCUCACAACAACACCAACAACUCCACCAUCAACAACUCCUCCAGUUGUUUAUCAGUACCUCAUUUCUAUUGAGCUGAACAUCUCAGAUGUUACAGUAUUAAAUGGACUGAGGAGCAUUCUGAGCAACAUCAGUUACCCCAUCAGCAUCAACAACCAAAUCCAGAUCUCUGAUGUCAACAUUUCUACAGUUUGCUCUCCAAGCAGUGGAGGUUACCAGUGCAGAUGUGAGGAUGUGUAUCGUUGGUCAUGUGACCAGUGUUUAAUGUAUGGACCCUGUGACAACAUCACUGAUGACACAUGUGGAUGCAUCAAUGCUCUUCCUCCUGAUGGACAAUAUUGCCAACCUGCUGAUCAAUACAACUUUACAACUUGUCCUGUUACAACACGCUCUCCGUCACCAACAACUCCUCCAGUUGUCUAUGAAUAUAUUAUUUCUAUUGAGCUGAACACCACAGAUGUUACAGUGAUAAACCGACUGAGAAACAUCAGCUUCCCAAUCAGCAUCAACAAUGACAUACAAGUUUCUGACAUGAACAUUUCUACAGUUUGCUCUCCAAGCAGUGGAGGUUACCAGUGCAGAUGUGAGGAUGUGUAUCGUUGGUCAUGUGACCAGUGUUUAAUGUAUGGACCCUGUGACAACAUCACUGAUGACACAUGUGGAUGCAUCAAUGCUCUUCCUCCUGAUGGACAAUAUUGCCAACCUGCUGAUCAAUACAACUUUACAGCUUGCCCUCUCACAACAACACCAACAACUCCACCAUCAACAACUCCUCCAGUUGUUUAUCAGUACCUCAUUUCUAUUGAGCUGAACAUCUCAGACGUUACCGUAUUAAAUGGACUGAGGAGCAUUCUGAGCAACAUCAGUUACCCCAUCAGCAUCAACAACCAAAUCCAGAUCUCUGAUGUCAACAUUUCUACAGUUUGCUCUCCAAGCAGUGGAGGUUACCAGUGCAGAUGUGAGGAUGUGUAUCGUUGGUCAUGUGACCAGUGUUUAAUGUAUGGACCCUGUGACAACAUCACUGAUGACACAUGUGGAUGCAUCAAUGCUCUUCCUCCUGAUGGACAAUAUUGCCAACCUGCUGAUCAAUACAACUUUACAACUUGUCCUGUUACAACACCCUCUCCGUCACCAACAACUCCUCCAGUUGUCUAUGAAUAUAUUAUUUCUAUUGAACUGAACACCACAGAUGUUACAGUGAUAAACCGACUGAGAAACAUCAGCUUCCCAAUCAGCAUCAACAAUGACAUACAAGUUUCUGACAUGAACAUUUCUACAGUUUGCUCUCCAAGCAGUGGAGGUUACCAGUGCAGAUGUGAGGAUGUGUAUCGUUGGUCAUGUGACCAGUGUUUAAUGUAUGGACCCUGUGACAACAUCACUGAUGACACAUGUGGAUGCAUCAAUGCUCUUCCUCCUGAUGGACAAUAUUGCCAACCUGUUGAUCAAUACAACUUUACAGCUUGUCCUCUUACAACAACACCAACAACUCCACCAUCAACAACUCCUCCAGUUGUUUAUCAGUACCUCAUUUCUAUUGAGCUGAACAUCUCAGAUGUUACAGUAAUAAAUGGACUGAGGAGCAUUCUGAGCAACAUCAGUUACCCCAUCAGCAUCAACAACCAAAUCCAGAUCUCUGAUGUCAACAUUUCUACAGUUUGCUCUCCAAGCAGUGGAGGUUACCAGUGCAGAUGUGAGGAUGUGUAUCGUUGGUCAUGUGACCAGUGUUUAAUGUAUGGACCCUGUGACAACAUCACUGAUGACACAUGUGGAUGCAUCAAUGCUCUUCCUCCUGAUGGACAAUAUUGCCAACCUGCUGAUCAAUACAACUUUACAGCUUGUCCUCUCACAACAACACCAACAACUCCACCAUCAACAACUCCUCCAGUUGUUUAUCAGUACCUCAUUUCUAUUGAGCUGAACAUCUCAGAUGUUACAGUAAUAAAUGGACUGAGGAGCAUUCUGAGCAACAUCAGUUACCCCAUCAGCAUCAACAACCAAAUCCAGAUCUCUGAUGUCAACAUUUCUACAGUUUGCUCUCCAAGCAGUGGAGGUUACCAGUGCAGAUGUGAGGAUGUGUAUCGUUGGUCAUGUGACCAGUGUUUAAUGUAUGGACCCUGUGACAACAUCACUGAUGACACAUGUGGAUGCAUCAAUGCUCUUCCUCCUGAUGGACAAUAUUGCCAACCUGCUGAUCAAUACAACUUUACAGCUUGUCCUCUCACAACAACACCAACAACUCCACCAUCAACAACUCCUCCAGUUGUUUAUCAGUACCUCAUUUCUAUUGAGCUGAACAUCUCAGAUGCUACAGUAAUAAAUGGACUGAGGAGCAUUCUGAGCAACAUCAGUUACCCCAUCAGCAUCAACAACCAAAUCCAGAUCUCUGAUGUCAACAUUUCUACAGUUUGCUCUCCAAGCAGUGGAGGUUACCAGUGCAGAUGUGAGGAUGAGUAUCGUUGGUCAUGUGACCAGUGUUUAAUGUAUGGACCCUGUGACAACAUCACUGAUGACACAUGUGGAUGCAUCAAUGCUCUUCCUCCUGAUGGACAAUAUUGCCAACCUGUUGAUCAAUACAACUUUACAGCUUGUCCUCUUACAACAACACCAACAACUCCACCAUCAACAACCACUAACGUGACAACCACUACCCCCAACAUGACCACGACCACUACUCCCAUCCCAACCACUACCACGGCUAAUACCACUACCCCCAUCCCAACCACUACCACGGCUAAUACCACUACCCCCAUCCUAACCACUACCAUGGCUAAUACCACUACCCCCAUCCCAACCACUACCACGGCUAAUACCACUACCCCCAUCCUAACCACUACCAUGGCUAAUACCACUACCCCCAUCCCAACCACUACCACGGCUAAUACCACUACCCCCAUCCUAACCACUACCACAGUUAAUACCACUACCCCCAUCCCAACCACUACCAUGGUUAAUACCACUACCCCCAUUCUAACCACUGCCACAGUUAAUACCACUACCCCCAUCCCAACCACUACCACGGCUAAUACCACUACCCCCAUCCUAACCACUACCACAGUUAAUACCACUACCCCCUUCCCAACCACUACCCUGGCUACUACCACCACUACUCCCAUUACGACCACUACCACAGCUACUCCCAUCACGACCACUACCACGGCUACUACCACCACUACUCCCAUUACGACCACUACCACAGCUACUCCCAUCACGACCACUACCACAGCUACUACCACUACUCCCACCACGACCACUACCACAGCUACUACCACUACUCCCAUCACGACCACUACCACAGCUACUACCACUACUCCCACCACGACCACUACCACUACUCCCAUCACGACAACUACCACUACUCCCACCACGACCACUACCACGGCUACUACCACUACUCCCACCACGACCACUACCACAGCUACUACCACUACUCCCACCACGACCACUACCACAGCUACUACCACUACUCCCACCACGACCACCACUACUACUACUACCACUGUUCCCACCACCACGACUACCACUGCUACUACUACUACCACCACUGUUCCCACCACCACCACCACCACCACCAGUACAACUGCGAGUACCCUUUCAACAACCACGACAACUAUUAUUGCAACAACAACGCCUGCAGGAUUCAGUGUGGAAAUGUCAGUCAGAUUAGACAAGGAAUUCACACCAGGAUUAAACGAUGAGUCAAGUUCGGAGUACAAGACAUUAAAAUUACAGAUUGAGACAGUGUUAGCCAACCAGUACAAAGGAAUCAAAGGAUUUAUCAGUGUUAUUGUGACAGCAUUCAGACCAGGAAGCAUAAUUACAGAUUUUGUUGUUCAGACAACACAAGUUGACCCUAAUGAAAUUGCUGAAGUAAAUCAAAAUCUCCCAGGAGCAAUAAGUUCUAUCGCCCCUGUCAUUGGUUCAGUUUCUGCAUCUUACAAUAGCCCAACGCCAAUCACAAUUCCAGAUCUCACUUACACCGGAAACAGCAUGAGGCUGGUGUGUGGGCCUCCAGUAAACAUUGAUGUGGGACAAAUUUCCAGAGCUGUGUGGACAUUUAAAGAACGGGAAAUAAAAGAUGGUGGAAGGAAUGUAAUAACUACUGCUAAUGAUGUGUCCACACUUGUAAUUAACAACGUGAUUUCUGCUGACAGUGGACCAUACCGUUGUACUCUGAUGGGCAAAGUGGAUUUCAUCCAAGAAGGAAUUGUAAGAGAAGAUCAAAUCAAACAAGCUCCCACUGUGCGACUACGGAGUGAGGUUAACGUAAAAUGCGCAGUCGGAAAGACACAACCCCUUCCGUGUUGCGUGCAGUCCCUGUACACAGUCAGGUGGUUUCUUAAUGGAAACCCUUUAAUCUCAACUCCUUUCAAAGAUGGAGACGCCAACUGCAUCCGGCAUAAUUACAUACUACAGAGCUGUGAGGGAUCACAGGAAGAGAGAAAACUUUUCAUAUGUAGGGUUGAUAAUCCACCAGGUUAUGAAAUGACAACAACAAUGAUCAUUUUCAAAGACACUAUCACAUGUACUGAUGAUCAGUACGGGAGCGGGCGAACGGGCGACAGAUCAAGCAUAGGGUGUGAUAAAGGCCAAGAGGGGAGCAAGACUGCGGUCUGUCUGGAAACAGGAGAGUGGAAACUUGAAAAGGACACCUGCAUUGUAACCCAAAUCAAGGAAUUAUUAAUUGAUUCACAGGAUUUGGUUGUGGAGGAAGUGCCGCAAUUUACGAUGAAUCUAAGUCAAGCUGUCCAGAAAAACCAAACAGAAAUUGCAGAGUCAUCUGCAACCAUAUCAGCUAUUGUUAACAUCCUAAACACCAUUGCAGGUGUUUCAACUACUGUCAGUGAAACUACCAUGCAGAAUGUACUUGACACCGUUGACGUCAUCAUUGCUGAUGAUGCCAGAGAGUCCUGGACACUUCUGAAUGCAAAUGAAACCCGCAAUUCCAGCUCAGCAUUACUGGGUUCACUGGAGACUCUCUCGGGUGAGUUGGGGGGUGGGGAGUUUGCCAUUGCGACUCCACGGAUCCUGCUCAACAGAACCACGUUUAACAACUCCUUCAGGGCAAACCUCAACUCCAGCAUCGUCAUAGACAUUCCAGAGACCAACAUCAGCAAUGUCUUUAUCACCACCAUCACCCUCCCAACGCUUAAUAAUGUCAUGCCAGUACGGAACUCCACCUUUAAUGCCAGCCUCUUCAACACCACCACCAAUGAAACUGUCAAUGACAAUACCAUCAAUGCAGCUGUGGUUCUCAUCAAAAUUAACGAAACAAUUCAGAAUGUCAGUCUGAAGUACAAAAAGCGGAACAGCUCCUUGGGACUGAACCCACAGUGCGUCUUCUGGAACUUCACGCUCUUCGAUAAUCUCGGCGCUUGGGAUGAUGAAGGUUGUGCGUUUGUUUCCGACAUAAACGGCUCAGUAACCUGCAGCUGUAACCACCUCACCUCCUUCUCAAUUCUGAUGUCAACGGCCAUCCCUCCAUCGCUGAGAGUAGCCUUGGAUGUAAUCACUUAUGUUGGUGUUGGGAUAUCCCUGGCAAGCUUAGUCAUAUGUCUCAUUAUUGAAGGAUAUGUUUGGAAGGCCAUCACCAGAAAUAGCACUGCCUUCAUGCGUCAUGUUUCCAUCAUUAACACUGCCCUGUCUCUGUUGAUCGCUGACAUCUGUUUCAUCAUCGGUGCCUCCAUAGCUAAUAACCCCCUUGAAAACCCAGGAGAGAACUAUGAAGUUCCACUCGGACCAUGCAGCACAGCAACAUUUUUUAUGCACUUUUUCUACCUUGCUCUUUUCUUUUGGAUGCUCGUGUCAGGCCUUCUGCUCCUCUACCGGACAGUCAUGGUGUUCUCGCACAUGUCCAAGUCAACCAUGCUGGCCAUUGGUUUUAGUCUCGGCUAUGGCUGCCCUCUCAUUAUAGCUGUAAUUACUGUCGCUGUAACAGCACCAGCGGAUGGAUACAUCAGGAGAGACUAUGCUUGUUGGCUGAACUGGACUGAGACAAAAGCCCUUUUGGCCUUGGUGAUACCCGCCUUGACCAUAGUUUUCAUCAAUAUUAUAAUUGUAAUUGUGGUCUUGUUCAAAAUGCUGAGAAGAGGUGUGGGAGACGCUUCCCAGACCGAUGAAAAACAUACACUGGUGGUCAUUACAAGAUGUGUGAUCAUUUUGACACCUUUAUUUGGACUGACCUGGGCUUUGGGAGUGGGAACCAUGAUCUCGUCAACAGACGAAGGAGUACAUAUUGCCUUCGCAUUCUUCAAUUCACUACAGGGUUUCUUCAUUUUAGUGUUUGGGACGCUGUUCGAUUCAAAGAUCCGUUCUAUCCUCUCAAAGAAAUCAUCUACACCAAGCAGUGGCUCUAAUCCAACAAGAAGUACAAGUGGUGGUGUUUCCUCUUCCAGUGGAAUGAAUCUGUUAAAUCGACUGCGUGGAAGGAGAUAUAUGUACCACAUCUCACAAGCCGCAACCUCAAGCAGCAGUGGUGCCUCAGAGUCAUUUGUCCAAAUCUGAAUCAGUGCAACAGUCUGUGCACAUAAAAUUGAUCUCAUUGAUGAUUCAUGGCAUUUGUCGGGUGAUAUAAUGAUUUUCUGUACAUAAUCAGAAACUAGAUUUUGUAGUUGAAGUUUACUGGGAUGACAAAGUGAAUGAUAAUGUUUUGAAAUCAGGAGGAAACGUUGUGGUAUUUAACAAAAAAGCGUUUCAAGGAAGAUGCACUGUAAUGUCACUGUGAAUGUGAUAGUAGUUAGAAGGGAACUUGCAGGGAGGAAGCAACUAGUGCUUCCUGAAUAAGUCUGGCUUGUAGCGACCACUGUUAUUUUCAUAGAUAAUUCAACAUCUGUCUAAUGUGCUUGUAAAAUAACAUUAAAAAAAAAAUGACAGAGUAAUGAAGCAAAGGGCUUUGUUAAAUAUGUGUGUGUACUGUGUGCUCAGCAUACAGUGUAGAUUUAUUUUUUCAAAUCCUUUAUUUUUUUAAAAUUAUAAAUAAAUAUGUACAAUAUUGAAAGAUUAUUUUUUUUGUAGAGGAAAAUAAUCCCUUUAUAUGAUGAAUUUCACUCUAAAACUUUUUGGAUGAGAAGCCUGAUGGUACGUAUGUCUGUCAUGAUACAAGAUAGACAAGGCAAAACACAAAAUACAAAACGAUUGUAUCCCAUGACAUCAGUUUACUGCACAUACUGUGCUGUAUAUCUAGCUCACUCUGACAACACCAAAACCCAUAAAUAAGAGGCUGUUUUAACUCAAACUUCCUGUCCCCAUAAAUUUUAUAUUAAUGUAAAAUUUGGGUUUUCCUGCUUUAUUAACGAGAAAAUAAUGCUCAUGGAUAUUUUAGGGAUUACAGUAUGUGGUUUACAGGGUGCAUCGAUUAGACCACACCAGAGACCAUGAGCAGUCAAUUACAAUCUUCCAUUUUACAAACUGUACAUUAAGUUGACAGUGGUUAUUAUUUUAAUUGUAAGAUCACCUUUUGUAAAGCGCACAUUAAAAAGGUAUUAAAAGUUAUGAGUCACUCAGUCAUGACAGUUUUGAGUUUGUGAAAUUGCCAUUAAAUAUUUUUUUCCGUCAGAGGUGAAGGGACUGAAUAAUUCGUCACAGGAUUAAAGGUUAUAGAAAGAAAGAAAGAAAGGAGACCAACACAUCAGGAAAACUCCCAACACUGUAGCCAGAGCUUUUGUGGCCUUUCUCUCCAUCUUACUGACAGCUGCUGCAGACUUUGUGCUCUGACAGGUUGUGAGAGCAGAGCAGAAACACUCCAGCUCCAGCUCACCACGAUCAUCGCCACAACAUGACCAUUAAUCUUAGUUCUGUAUGUCAGAGGCUAACACACUACCUGUCUAGGUACUAUGCAGGUACUGCAUAGCACAGGUACUGCAUAGUACAGGUACUGCAUAGUACAGGUACUACAUAGUACAGGUACUGCAUAGUACCUGUCUAGGGAAAUACAACAUAAGUUGAAAAUUGAUGUCGUCAUUAGUGAAAUAUCAAAGCUGUGUCGCAUUUUACAAACUAAAGCCCCAAGAUACAAACGUGACUUCACAGACAGUAAAAUGAUUGGCCACGAUUUAUAAAUUAACACUCAGAUGUUGACAACAGGUUUUUUCCUUUAAGAUUUUAGCAUGUAUAAUGGAACAGCACUCAGGCCAUCAGGCAGAUUUGUGUCGAACGUUUUUGAAUCUGUAUCUGCUGAAUAACCCGGUCCUGAAAACAUGACUCUGUUUCUUUCAGUCAGUAAAGAUUUCAGUUGUAUAACUGACGAGAAAUGUUUCAUCAUGAAACCUGAUUCUCUAAACUCACUGGAGGUUUCAGUCUGACCUUCACAGUUUGUUGAUAGCCUGAUGCAAUGAUAUUAUGCAACCUGAGACCUCUCCUAUUAGAGGUGUGAACGAGUCUUAGUCCCUCAGCUGCUCUGGUUGUGCACAUGAGCUCUGCUCCUUCCCAAGGUGCUUUGCACAAGCAAACGAUCUAAUUGUCACUAGGUAAUUAUGUGAUGUUUAUGUCUGAAAUGUUUCCAACAGAGUUACAAGCUUAAACAAAACAUUCGAGUAACAACAACAUAUUGUAUUGUGUAAUGUUUAGUAACAGUUGAGACAUUCAGAAAGUGGAAACAUUGAUUUAUAUUUCUGUGAUCAUUACAAACACAUUAGUGUUUCAGCACAAUGAACAAGAAGUUAUAAAUUGGCUGUAUAAUAGGAAAGUGAAUUUUAUAGUAUUGAUUUACAGCAGUAAGACAGAGUGUGUAGGACUGACUCAAGAUAAACAGCAGUGCUUAUGUUCAUUGUAAUGAAGGAACAUUGUCAUCCAUUAAAAUGGUGUGACUGAC